GCGGGGCAAUCGGUUUCUUUUACCAUUCGCGAUCCUCUGGCUUUUUAGGUAAAUUGCUACUCUCGCAGGACAUCCGGGCAUGAUAUAAUGGGUCUGCUAGCACUAGGGACGGCACUCGAGUGGCCGGAGGCGAAGAAGCGAGCAGACCAGGUUCGCAAAUGGGGAAUUGAGCAACUACUCGCGAACUGGCAUAGAGCUAAAGGGAAAGAACGCGAUGCGCUCCUUUGGGGUGACGAGGUUGAAUAUCUCGUCGUCGCUCUGGAUGAUGCAGCCAAGAAGGCUCGCCUGUCGCUUGCGCAGGCAGAUAUUUUGAAAUCGUUAGCCCGUGACGAAGAGCUUUGGAAAGAAGGAUCGUGCACAUAUUCUCAAAACAAAGAACACGAGGGUGAGGAACCGCCCCAUUUCCAUCCGGAGUUUGGGCGCUUCAUGCUGGAGGCUACGCCCGGUGUACCGUGGGGAAUCGGCUUCAAAGACCUUCUCAAGGUGGAGUCUAAUAUGAGAUGGAGGAGGGAGGUAGCAAAAGCGCAUAUGGCGCCCAACGAGUCACCGAUUACUCUUACUACUUUCCCCAGACUGGGCACGAAGGAUGAUUACAUUCAGCCUUAUUACCCUCCAUCUGGGCCAGCUCUGCGGUCUCAAUUUGUUCCAGACGAGAUUGCGAACCCUCACAUCAGGUUUCCAACACUGGCGGCAAAUAUUAGAGCAAGGAGGGGCCGGAAAGUUGAGUUGAAUGUGCCAGUGUUUAAAGACAAAAAUACUCCUGAGCCGUUUAAGGACCCAACGGUAAACUAUGAUCUUCAUAAUUGGCCUGAAGAUGACGAUGUGCGAAAUGGAGCUGCAAAAGAUGGUCAUGUCUACAUGGACGCAAUGGCGUUUGGCAUGGGCAGUUGCUGCCUCCAGAUAACGUUCCAGGCUAAAAACGUUCCGGAAGGGAGGAAGCUAUACGACCAGCUAAGCCCGUUGGGGCCGAUUCUCUUAGCCCUCACGGCUGCUACACCAAUCUACAAGGGAUUCCUCGUGGAUACCGAUGUUCGAUGGAACCAGAUCAGCAAAGCUGUAGAUGACAGGACAAGAGAAGAGCUUGGCGAAGUUGACCCUAGACUACGGAAAGAAUACCUAGACCCUGAUUUGAUCGUGGAUGAAGAUAUCAAAAAGCGUCUCAUGGAUGAUGGCAUGGACGAGCUACUAGCGACACACUUUGCGCAUUUAUUCAUCCGCGACCCAAUUGUCAUCUUCUCGGAGGACCUUGAAGAGCUGGAUUUGAACAAAGCCGAUCACUUUGAGAAUCUGCAGUCGACAAACUGGCAGCACAUGCGGUUCAAGCCACCACCACCAGAGAAGGACGACAUUGGCUGGCGGGUUGAGUUCCGGUCCAUGGAAAUCCAGAUGACUGAUUUUGAAAACGCCGCAUUCUCCAUCUUCAUUGUGCUUGUCACUCGGGCCAUCUUGAGUUUCGACCUCAAUUUCUACAUUCCUAUUCAACGCACAGCAGAGAAUAUGGAAACAGCACAUGCGCGGAAUGCAGUGCUAGACCGAAAGUUCUAUUUCAGGAAAGAUCCUUUCUCUCCGUCAGUUCGCAGGCACCACAAUUCGUCAGGUGACAGCAAUACCUCUUCAGCAAACAACACUCCGCCUCCCUCUCCGCCGCUCGGCCCUGUCGAAUAUGAAUUUGAGCUGAUGACUAUUUCUGACAUCAUCAACGGCUCUGCGGAUGGAUCAUUCCCCGGCUUGAUUCCCCUUGUGGAGUCGUAUCUGAACAGUGUCAACGUGGACGUUGAGACUCGUUGUUCGUUGGCGAGAUACCUCGACUUGAUCCGGAAACGGGCGAACGGUACUCUCUGGACCGGUGCGAAGUGGAUUCGCGAGUUUGUCGCACAACACCCUGCCUACAAACAGGAUAGCGUAGUCUCAGAGGAGAUAUGCUACGAUCUCGUGAAAGCUGUGGAAGAGAUGAGUGUCAAGGAAGGGGCAGACGGGAGCGUUGGAUGGGAAAUGCUCAAAGGCCGGACGGUCUAA